AUGGCUUCUUGUGUUGUACAGUAUGUUGAUGAUCUUCUUAUCUCCUCACCAGAUCGCCAAACGCACAUGAAAGACUUAGAAGUGAUCCUGCGGCACUUGGCAGAUAGUGGGAUGAGGGACACCCGCAUCAUUGUUGCCUUGAGGAAGAGCCCAUGGACCUUCCAUUGGUGUCCCUCGCACUGUCCCGCUGGAAGCUGUGAAGGCCCAUCCCGGCCAGCGAUGCUGAUCCUGAGCUGUUCCUCCAAGCUGCGGCUGCUGGAGGGGAUGCUACGGCGGGGCCUGCCUGACACGCUGCCGGUCUACGGCGCUGUGAUGCAUGUGAACCGCGGGAACCCGGCUGGCCAGGAGGUGCUGGUGGAUUCAUGGCCAGAGUUCAAAACGGUCCUCACCCGGCCACGCAGAGAAGUGCGGCCUUUGCUGGGUCAGUCCCACUCCGCCUCCCUCCCCUCCAUGGGGAGCACUGGGGAGAGCAUUAUACACUACCUGUGCCUCCUGAUCCGCCACUUCCCCAACGCCUGCCUGCUGGCCCCUGAGGGGACCCCCAUCUCCUGGUGCCUCACCGACCCGCUGGCUGCCCUGAUAAACGGUUACACCCUCCCGGAGCAUCACGGCCAGCACCACAUGAGGCCCGUGGUGGGGACGCUGGCGGCACAGUUGCAUGCCCGCGGCUUCCCUGUAUACACUGGGGUGCUGCCCCACAACGAGCCUUCGCUGCACACCCUGCAACGCCUCGGCUUCCGCAUCCUGCCUGGGCUGUUCUACCAGCUGAUGGUGAGGCCUGGGUUCACCCAGUCCCAGUCAGCCAGUGCCCUGGCCUCGGCCCAGGAUCCUGCGCCCAGCUCUGGGGAACGGCCACACACACAUAGCACAUAG